CAACAUCGACGUCUUUAACACGCUGUCAUCUCGUGUAUGCGUGCACUUUUACAAUAUGUUACGUUCGGUAAUACAAGGUGCAAAACGCUUUCAUCAACCAUUUGGAUAUUUGACCAGGAAUGUAGUUUCUAAUUGGCAAUGUAUGAAUGGAAUACAUGUAGCAUGGCGAAACUUAAAGAACGAACAUGUCAAAUUUUAUUCUACAGAUGAUCCGCAUUACGUAGAAAUUGAUUUCUCCAAGAAAACCUACGACGAUGAAUCUAGCGCAGAUAAAGACCUUAAAACUAUUUCUCCAGUGUUGGAGGAAAAACCAGAAUUCGUCUACAUAGAGCGGAUCCAAGAAGAGCACUACUGGGGUAGGAUCCGCUCCCUGAUGAGGAGGCUGGGAUACACAGGGUACCUUGAGGAUUUGAGGCACGGCAGGGGUAGAGGGGUAUUUAUCAGAGACGAUGUUCUCGAAGUCAUCAAGCCGUAUUAUGGGACGGUGUACAGGUCAAGGCGACCUGAUCCAAUCUAAAACUCACAGAAUACUAGAACUGGUAUAAGCUGAUCCGGUGAUAGAAACUGAUUUUUAUUAUAUAUGUUGUGAUUAUUGCUAACAAAACAAAUUAAAUUGCUUGCAUAAUUAUAGUGAUCUACAAGUAUAUACGUUUUAUACAUAUUAAUUUUUAUCUACAAAUAUGUAAUUAAGCUCUGUUUACAUGGAUUCAUUUACUUAGAGGUGUAAAUUUUACAUGAUUGUAGUCAAAUUUUAUCCUUGGUAUGUGAAUGAACUAUUUUCAUUGCGUUCACAAGCACUCUCAAUCUGUACGGAAAUCAGUAGUACGUUUAAGUACUUGUUUUGGAUUUCUAGUUGCUCUUCGACUCACUCUAUGUUCCUCCCAUAUACUAAGAAACACACGUUCAAUUCUUGCUUAAAUGCUACUUAAAAUAAUAUUUGGACAUGAUAAUAAAACAGCAGGUCACUGUU